AUGGCCGACGAAGCAGCUCGCGCUCAUGCCGCUGAAGUGGCGCAAGCUAAUGAAGAAGGACGAGAUCCACCUCCUCCUCCUCCUAAUCCACAAGACCCUGCUGGGGACAUCAAUGUGCAACCUCAAGCAGGCACCCAAACAAUCGGAUAUUAUGACUCUCGGGAAGGAACAGCUCUCGCUCGGCCAGACGAACUUAGCGCGACAGAAACUGUCCGCGUGGAACGCAUGGACAGGAAGGAAACAGGCCGCGCUCGGCCGGAAUCACGUACCGUUACGGUCGAUCCGGGAAGCAAACGUUCGGCCUCGGCCGAAUUUCUCGUCCAUACGCAGGAUUUGGCCGACCAAAUCGCACGACCGCGACAAAUCCAUCGGCCAUCGGCCCAAACUUUUCUCGGCCAAGGUAAGUCCCCUUUUCAUUAA